AACUCGCGUAACAAUCGGCUGUUUUUAACGGCAAAAUUGGAUGACGGAAUCAUAGCACCGCACCCGACUUUUUCUGGAAUUUCGUCAGUUUAUCCUUUCUACAACGAUUAUCGGCCUCACUGCCGAAUAUCAGUCGAUGAAAUGAAGCCCUCAAGGGUGAUUCGAACUCCCGGUAAGAAGACGCCUUCCCGCAACAAUUCCAGGGAGAAGCUUGUGAUCAAAGAUCCUGUGGAAGUCUAUUGCAGAAUUCGUCCAGUUUCUGUCAUUGACGAUGGCUACAUCAAAGUCAUUGACGAGCGGACCAUCCAACUGGCUACACCAGACAGCUCCAUCGGCAAUAGAGGAACAUACAAAGAGAUCCAAUAUAAAUUUAGCCGUGUCUUUGACCCGGAAGCACAACAAAAAGAUGUGUUUGAAAAAGUUGCUCUUCCAUUGGUGGAUAAUUUCCUGAAAGGCCUCAAUGGCCUUUUAUUCACUUACGGAGUGACAGGAUCAGGCAAAACGUUUACAAUGACAGGCACACCCCAGGACUCUGGCAUUUUGCCUCGUGCGCUGGACGUGAUUUUCAACUCUAUCAGUGGCUGCCAGGCAAGGAAAUUCACAUUCAAGCCUGAUCGAAUGAAUGGAUUUGACAUUCAGGCUGAUGUUGAUGCUGCAAAGGAACGGCAACACGAAAUAAUAGCCAGCGUGGAGGUGCCUAUCCGCACCAGACUCGAAUACCCAAAAACUCCCAGGAAACGACUGGCCCAGUGGGAAACUGCUACUCGAAUUGCAGAAAACACUAGAUUGUCAAUCAGUGACGAGGACUUUGUCUACUCAGUAUUUGUGACUUAUGUUGAAAUUUACAACAACUGUGUUUAUGACUUGUUGGAUGAACCAGCUGAUGACAUGGCACGGCUGAGGCAUCCUCAACCAAGGCUUGUUAGGGAGGAUGGGAGUAGGACUAUGUAUGUACAUGGUGUUCAUGAAGUAGAGGUCACCUCUGCAAAUGAAGCUUUUGAGGUUUUCUGCCGUGGUAUGAAGCGGAAGACGACUGCACACACAGUCCUCAACGCAGAAUCUAGUAGAUCUCAUGCUAUAUUCAGCAUUCGUCUUGUGAAGGCCCCUUAUGAUUCCAAUGGGGAAGAGAUUCUGCAAAACAAAGAGGCCAUAACCAUCAGUCAACUGUCUUUGGUUGACUUGGCUGGAAGUGAGAGGACAAAUCGGUCCAAGACUCAGGGGCAACGUUUGAAGGAGGCUGGAAACAUUAACAACUCUCUGCUCACUCUGAGAAUGUGCUUUGAAAUUCUAAGGGAGAAUCAAAUGAAUGCUGGAAAUGGGGCUCCCAAAAUGGUGCCUUUCAGGGAUUCGCGCCUUACACAUCUCUUUAAGAGUUUCUUUGAUGGUGAAGGUAAAGUCAGGAUGGUUGUUUGUGUCAACCCUAAUCCAAAUGACUACGAGGAGACUUUGCAUGUGAUGAAGUUUGCUGAAAUGUCUCAAGAGGUUCAAGUAACCAGAAUUGCACCAACUCCAAAGAGGCCUGACAUUAACUACACUCCUGGACGUCGCAGAGCUAAUCAAAUAUUCAAGGAAGCAGCCAAGAGAUUGGAGGAAACUGGAGCUUCUCAGGGUGAACCCAUACCAUUUGACCUUGGAAUUGUCUACAGCCUUGGACUUCCGAUUCCUACCACACAGCUUACAGACCCCAACAACGAAGAGAUAAUUCGCUCCGUAAUGAUGGUCUUGGAAUCUCGUUUGGCCAAGAGGAGGUGUUUGCAGCAGCAAUACAAAUCACAAAUGGAUCAAGUGAGGUCUGGUCUGGUUUCCCUUGAAAGGGAAAAUAUAAGCCUAAAGCAAGAAAAUGCCAGUCUUAGAGCAUCCCUUGAGCAGGAGAGGGCUGGGAGGAGUAUACUUGAGCAGAAACUUGUGGAGUCUGAGGGGCAGCUUGUAGCUGCCCGGCUGAACUCUGAAGGGGAGCGAGAAGAAAUCAGAAAGCUGAACCAUCAGAACGAAGAUCUAAUGCUGAAACUUAACCAAAAGAAAAUGGACUCCGAGCGCACUAAGCAAAGAAUGCAAGAUAAAAUGCUGAACGAAAAGGAAAGAGUGGCUCGUGAAAUGCGCUCUCGAUUCUUAGCUGAACAAUCCAACUUAAAGAUGGACAAUAAGGAGAAAGAGGAAAAACUUCGCCAAGUGCGUCAAAUUGUUGAUGGUCUAGACAAGAAUGCACCCAACCGUCCGACGGGCAGGGUCACACGGCUUGCAGCUGCCAAGUCUGAUGCAGAUCUGAGCACUUCAAGUGUAGCAGCCAGUUCUGCCAAUGCAAGGAACGCUUUCACUCCAAACCCCAAAAGGGGUCCAGCUGUCAGCAACCCACGGCACAGACGUUCUCGCUCUGCUUGCGGAAACGAACGCUGGCUUGACCACAAGCCUCAGACUGCCAGCAGCAAAUUUCUUGAGCUGCAAACCAUUUUCCAACCAAAUAUGCCACGUAGGAAGUCGGUCACAAAACUGACAGACCCUAAGGAUGUCACUGACCCUUCUACUAGCAAGUAUUGUCUAACAACCCAGGAGCAAGACUCGGAGGGGGAACUGGAAACAAAGCUGUACAAGGGUGAUGUGUUGCCAACUGUCGGUGGAGGUGCUCAGGUUGUGUUGACAGAUGUUGAGGUGCUGAAGCAAGCCUCCCCAACCAGUCCAAGACUGUCACCCACCCGCAAGCGCAGUGCCAAUGGUAAUUGUAAGGAAAAUGGAAAACUUCAGCCCGAGGAGGUUACUGAGCGCUGCAAAACCGGCAUUGAGGGUCACAGCAAGAGGUCUUGCAGAAAAUAAUUACAUUCCUUCCUUGUUAUAAAACUUAUAAACUUUAUUGAAGAUUGUGGAACCUUCAAACUCUAUGUCACAUGCUAUUUAAUGGAUUGAUUAGUACAUUAACAAAUUUCUAAAGCAUUCAUACUAACUGUUCUCACAUGUUUUGUACAUUUUGCCAUGAAAACCAUACUAACAGAUUUAUUCACUUUUUGCUAAGUCGUACAUAUUUUUUGUGUGCUAAUGUAAUGGAAACCGAGGAUAAUUUAAAACAAUUGACUAAAUUUUUAAGACACUUAAAAAGAAAUUGCAUGUUAUCAAUGCCAUAGCACAUCUGCGGUUUCCAAUUUUUACUUUGUUUUCUGCUGCAGUGAGAAUCUUAUUUUAAAUCAAAUAAAUAAUAUCAAUUUCUAC